UGUGUCCUUAUUGGCGAGACAGUGCCUUUAGUGUUGAUAUUAGAGCACACUCUCCCUCUUGAGCGUGCUUGCAUGGGGCUUAUACUAUGGCCGCACUUCAAAUAGUUUCACUAAACCUUACUUGACUUCCUCGCCACGACCAAUUUAAGAUAAACCUCCUUCUCGCCAGGGUCCAAAAGAUUCAACGAAGUUUCACUGCUCCCAAUAGCUACGCAGCAACCCAAGAACCUCUCCGUUUGCAAGAUUUAGCGUAGGUUCAACCCACAGCUGGUUGUCAUUUCCCAGCGCCCAGAGACGUCGAAUGCGGACCCACCAGCGAGGCUAGCUGUCAGAUAGCAUUUCGUAUUGUUCAGUUGCUCCAUUGCUUCGAGAAGGCUAGAAUGGAUCAUGAGUUCUUAGAAGGUUCGCUCGAGGAAGGGAGCUCACUCCAUCCAGGCAAGAAGAUUUUCCCGCUCUUCUACCAAGUCAUCCUUUGAUCAAGACUGAAACUCAUGAGCAGCUCGAAUACUAAUUCUACUUUUCUACCAGCAUAUCAGAGAGUCCAGAGGCCGCACAAAUUCUUCAAACCUGGCAGGUGCUUCUCAACAGUUUGGAUCGAAGCAAGAGGACCGUCCAUGCAAGUUGGCGACAAACACGUUACGAAGGUCGACUACGAUCAAUACGCGUAUGCGAAGCCAAGUCGAUUUAUAUCCGUGCGAAAUCAAAAGGGAUUCUGCGUUGCUCUUCGAAUACACACUUUCGGGGGAAGAGGGGAAGAGAAAUACCAUGCUCGUCCAGCACACCUCUUCCACGUACGCUCUGCGGACGUUGGUGCGGACGUAUCACAGUUGGAACCAAACGUGAUAUCAAUCAAGGUUGAAGACCUUGAUGUCACGUUUGCAGCCGAAAAGUCGAUCGUCCUUGCUUCGAAGCCAUAUUCCAUUGAACACUUUCUGCCUGUGAGGAACAUCGGAUACGUUGAGAAGCCUUCGUUGGCAAUGCUCGAGUCGGCGCUGAUAGAAUCAUUCAUCAAGGAUCCUAGGCAGAGGAAGCCCUCCCUCAAAUCAUCCGCAACAACCACAAAGAAAGCAUUAGCAUGCACCAAGUUGGUUGCAAACGAGCCUCCUGGACCAGGUCAGCUCGCAGAUGACUCCAGCCCCCAGAGUUCAGGGGACAACACAGAAGAUCAGACACCGACGGUAGCAGCCAACGAGCCCUCGGAGCAUCCACGAAGUUCGCAAACAGUCCCUGUCGAAGGUGGCAAUCUUGGCCAAGAAAGCUAUAUCUGCGAUUGGGCUUCAUGCCCCAGGAAAAGCCAGUCCUUCUACAAGAUUGAUCACCUACGAGACCACCUCAGGGACUAUCACUUAGAAGACAUCCCUCGAAACCGCCGAUUCGGUAACGAAUCGAAACGAGUUGCCUGGCUCACGUCAAGGCAAGUGGACGAGGAGUGGUGGAGGUGCAAGGGGUGUCUUGAGAGAGUCGUCAACUCUGAGAAUGGGUGGACGUGUACGAAGUGCCGUCAACCUUGCGAACGGGAACGUGUCGAGAAUCGAACGCAAAGAUACCCUUGCUGUUAUGAUGAGGGUGGCUUUCCGUUGACUUCACGGGGCUCUGGGAUUGGCGUUGUGGGGAGUGAAAGUGGGAGCUUCACUGGCAGAUCUCGGUGAUUGGUAGCAACAGGAUGGCUUUCCAGUCGCACUUAUUUCCGCUCGAAGUUGCAGUCCCUGGCAUGUUCUUGAUGGCCGUGGGAGAUACUGCUCUUCGGUCUCAAACUCCAGCUAACAAGUAUCUGGCAACCAUAUCGGAUUCUCUCCUCCCCUCGUUUCCUGCACCACAAUGGACAAGAAAGAAGAGAAGGAGGAUCGAG